AUGGGCCCCUGUACCGCCUCCUCAUGCUGCUGCCAGGCCCGUAAUCUGUCAUGGGCCCCUGUACCGCCUCCUCAUGCUGCUGCCAGGUCCAGAGUGUGUCAUGGGUCCCUGUACGGCCUCCCAUUGCUGCUGUCUCCAUCGCCACACUCUGCCAUGUGCCACUUUCAGGUCUCCUCACACUGCUGGGUGGGUUCCAUUUUGUCAUAGGGUGCUGUAUGGCCUCCCAUUGCUGCUGCCAGGCCCCUAAUCUGCCAUGGGCCCCUGUACCGCCUCCUCAUGCUGCUGCCAGGCCCGUAAUCUGUCAUGGGCCCCUGUACCACCUCCUCAUGCUGCUGCCAGGUCCAGAGUGUGUCAUGGGUCCCUGUACGGCCUCCCAUUGCAGCUGUCUCCAUCGCCACACUCUGCCAUGUGCCACUUUCAGGUCUCCUCACACUGCUGGUGGGUUCCAUUUUGUCAUAGGGUGCUGU